UCUGUUGACUUCUUUGCCGGCCCACAGGAGGUCGCCAACACGCAAACAAUGUGAGGAUCCGAUGUAUCAUCCUCCUGGCAUCGCGCUGGCGGUUGCUACUGGCAUAGUUUGCGCUAGAGGAGGGAGUCCUGAUACCCCUACGCCACAAGUCCAGCGAUCCCGUCUGCAGGACACCCUGCUUCAGUACCUUGCGUGCCUGCCCUUGGAUACUGCAGCACCUCUAAUUUCUACGCAAUUUACAUUAUUCUGAACGACAGAAUAAUACCUGGAAAAUACUUAAGCACAGGACGAGGGUUACUGGAUUUAAAUUGCAGUGCGUGCGACGUUUAGUGUCUAUUUCUUGGAGCCGGGAUUGGACAACGUAUGGAGAGGUGCAACCGUAAUUGAGGGAGCAGAGCAGGACUCGCUGCUUGCUGCGGAAAACCUGUCGGCUCAGGGGAUUGGAUGUAUUGUUGUGUCGAGCAGUCGUGCGCGGGUUUACGCGUCAUAGCAAAGGAUUUCGCCGGACAGAGCGCAUCUAGUUUUUGAUACUCGACUUCUAAAAAACAUAUUGCAUGGAUACAACAUCAUGGCUGUGUUUGUAUGCAGGGUACAGUUCUUAGAUGACACUGAUCCAUUCAACAGCACCAAUUUUCCUGAGCCAACCAGGCCCCCUCAGUACACCUUCAGGGAAGAUAUCCCCCUUAUCAAUCAAAUUGCUGGAGUCCACAGGCUUCUCAAAGCCCCGCACAAGCUUGAUGACUGCGCCCUUCAGCUUUCCCAAAAUGGAAACUACCUGGAUUUGGAAUCCACCCUGGCAGAACAGAAAGAUGAACUCGAGGGCUUUCAGGGGGAAGGAGGAAGAGGCAAGAAGCACAGCCUCAUCCUCAGGACACAGCUAUCGGUCAGAGUUCACGCUUGUAUCGAGAAACUCUACAACUCAAGUGGACGAGAGCUAAGGAGAGCCCUGUUUUCCCUCAAGCAGAUUUUUCAGGAUGACAAGGAUCUGGUCCAUGAGUUUGUGGUGGCUGAAGGACUCACGUGUCUAAUCAAGGUCGGAGCUGAGGCAGACCAGAACUACCAGAACUACAUCCUCAGGGCCCUGGGGCAGAUCAUGCUCUAUGUGGAUGGUAUGAACGGACUCAUAAGUCACAAUGAAACUGUCCAGUGGCUUUACACACUCGUUGGAUCCAAGUUUCGUCUGGUGGUGAAGACAGCCUUGAAGCUGCUCCUGGUGUUCGUGGAGUACACUGAGCCUAACGCUGCCCUGCUCAUCCAGGCUGUCAACACCGUGGACACCAAGAGGGGCUGUAAGCUGUGGUCCAAUACCAUGGAGAUUCUGGAUGAGAAGGAUGGUGUGGACACAGAACUACUAGUAUAUGCCAUGACCCUAAUCAACAAGACUCUAGCGGGCCUGCCAGACCAGGACUCGUUCUACGACGUGGUGGACUGCCUGGAGGAUCAAGGCAUGGAGACCAUGUCCAAGAGACACCUCGGCAGGAAAGGUUCUGACCUGGAUCUCAUGGAGCAGUUCAACAUCUACGAGGCGACUCUGCGCCACGAGGACGGGGACGACGAGAGCCAGCCACCUCCCGCGGGUCGGAAAGGCCGGCGCCGUGCCAGUGUGGACUGCACCAACGACAGGCGUGGCCUGGAGCGGAGACGAAGCCGGAGACACUCCCUGCAGAACGGGAGAGGACACACCUCUGCCCCGGUGUCCCCCAGUAGCCCCCACUCCCAUGGGGGACAGAACAGCAGCUUCCUGCCCUUCGGAGGCCAGCGUAUUGAUGACGUCAGCGAGAGAGAGGAGGAUGAGGAGGAGGAAGAGGAGGAAGAGGAGGAGGAUGAGGAAGAUGAUGAAAGUCAUGAUAUGACAGAGGCCCCUAGACAUGCCUUGCACAGCACGGUACCGGCCGGAGACGACUCCACCAGCGUGUGUUUGCCUUUUCACUGUAUGGUCAGCCUCCUCCCUGACGCCUCAAAGCCAGAGAGUGCAACCGGGGUCGGCCCUGUGUCCCCGGUGUCCAACCCCCCUAGAAACACUGGCUCCAAACCCCACGUUGUCUGCCAGAGUUGGGGGCCUGUUUCCCAGGUCGUAGUACUGACCCAGAGGAAGCUGCCCGGCACGGCCCACCCUCUGGACAAACCUCAGAGCCCCUCCGUUUCCUCCUCCUUCUCCCUCCACUCUCCCCCGAGGGGACAUCGGCGGCCCUACCUCCCCGUCUCCCGGCUCCCUGACGAGGACCCAAACCAGGUGUCCGUCUGUGCUGAGACCAUGGAGUGUGCUGGGAGGGGCGUGGCCGGAGACGAGCGCUAUAGCCAAACAGCAGUACAAUAUACAUCUAGACCUCCCAUUGCUGCCGGAAGCCGACACGUCGGUCAGGUCACGACCUUCCCCGGCAGGUCCCCGGGUGUAACCAGCGCCAGCGCCCCCACCACUCCUGUACACCGAUCAGUCACCACGCCAGGAACCCCACAGGCGGACUCGAAGCCUGACAGGUCUCCUCUGGGGUGCUUGCUGUCCUCCUCCUACAGGCAACACCAGGAGUCGCUGACUGCAGAGAGAGAGCGGAGACGUCUGGAGAGGGAGGAGCGCCUGCAGAAGAUAGAGAGGGAGGAGAGGACGCGCUUCAAUCGGGAUAAUAUGGACAAAAGGGAGGAGGCCCGACAGGCCAGACAAGAGAGGUAUAAGUGUGUUGAGCGGCUGGCGUCCGAGGAGUUUGAGAGAGAGAGAGAACGCACAAGAGUACCCCUAAGGGGUCGCACAGAGAUCACCCUGAGUCUGAGCCCCACCCCUUCUGGCCGCUCCGCCUCCAUGCGCUCUGUCACCACCUCUGCUAGUGGCCCUCAAGGCGACAGUAUUGUCAGCCCGUCUCAGAAACAAGGAAGUAAAAUAGACAAAGAUCCCAGCCGUGACCUUCAGACCAGAACAACUAGUCCGACGCCACAGUUCACAGCAUCAGGACCUUCUCCAGAAUCCGCAAAGCACUCCUCCCAAUCCCUCUCUGCACCAAAUAAGGAGCAGGUGGAGACAGAGGAGGAGAAUGUAGCUGAAGUUGAGCCAAAGCAGGAAGAAAUAAAGCAAGAGGAGUCAGCAGUAGAUAAACAGACACAGGGUGAAGAACAGGAGAGACCACCUGGGAAUGAGGUGAAAGAAGAGGUAGAGGAGAAGGUAGAGGAUGUGAAGGUAGAGGAGGUGGAGGUAGAGGAGGUGGAGGUAGAGGAGGUGGAAGGUGUAGGGGUGGAGGAGGAGGGUGAGAGGCAGCAGACUGAGUCAGAGGAGAGGGAGGUGGAGGAGAGCUUGGUCCUCCUCAGUGAGAAGGAGAGGCAGAACGAGGAGGUGAACGAGAAGGACAACUGCUCCGCCUCCAGUAUCUCCUCGGCCAGUAGCACUCUGGAGAGAGAGGAGAGGGAGGAGAAACUCACCAACGAUCAAGAAACAGGCCAGUGGCAACAGGGCAUUAAGGAGACGGACGUGAACGGGCAGUGCAGCAAGAUCCUCAACAGCAAGCGCUUCAUGCUGGACAUGCUCUACGCUCAAAACAAGCCACCAGCCAACGAGGAGGAAGAGGAAGCAGAAGAGACGGAACGGACGGAGAAACGCAAAGACGGGAAGGGGACGAGGACAACGUCGGAGGAGGAGGAUCACGAAGACGGGUCGCUGGUGGCCAGUCUGGCCAGCCGCAUCUCAACACUGGAGGCCAGCAGGCAGGCCUGCGAGGAGAAGGUCAGGAAGGUGGAGGUGCAGCACCUGGACAACCAGGGGUCGGUCAGGGUCGUGGCGGGGAGGUUUGGAGACCUGGUUAAAGGCCUGGCGGCGCCACAUGAGACUGAGGCACUGGAAAAGCAACCGCAGGGACAGCUUCAGCUGGAUAAAGACAAAGCCCCUCCUGCCUCCUCGCCUUUAGCUCCUAAGAAGGAGUCAGACUAUAUCUGGGACCAGCUGAUGGCUUCUCCGAGGGAGCUGCGGAUUAAAGAGAUGGACUUCACCGACCUGGCCGAGGAGGAUGAUCUGGAUAUAUUAGAUGUGGACAGUGUGAUGACGGGCUCCAGUGACCGGAUGAUUCCUCCUCCUCCCCCUCCUCCCUGCCUCUCUGCCAUUCCCCCUCCCCCUCCCCUUGGCCUGUUUGGUUCCCCCUUGCUCCCUCCCGUACCUGGCAUGAUGGGGAAGAUGCCCCCUCCACCACCCUUCAUGCCCCCUGGACACGCCCAGGCCUACCCAGGGUCCCCCCAGCUGAGCCGAGGAACAGGGGAGCCCCCUCUGUUCCAGAAGAAGAAGAAGACAAUCCGUCUGUUCUGGAAUGAGGUGAGGCCAAUGGAUGGCCAGUACAAAAACCACAAGCGCUGUAAAGAGUCUCUGUGGUCCAAACUGGAACCAGUCAAAGUUGACACGUCUAAACUGGAACACCUGUUUGAAACCAAGUCCAAGGAGCUUCCUGUUACCAAGAAAACAGCAGUGGAUGGGAAACGACAGGAGGUCAUUGUCCUGGACUCCAAAAGAAGCAAUGCAAUUAACAUUGGCCUUACAGUCCUCCCCCCGCCGCGCACUAUCAAGACAGCCAUCCUCAACUUUGACGAGUACGCUUUGAACAAGGAGGGGAUUGAGAAAAUCUUGACAAUGAUCCCGACGGAGGAGGAGAAGCAGAAGAUCCAGGAGGCUCAGCUGGCCAACCCCGACAUCCCCCUGGGCUCGGCGGAACAGUUCCUCCUCACCUUGUCCUCCAUCACAGAGCUGUCCGCCCGGCUGCAGCUCUGGGCCUUUAAGAUGGACUACGAGGUCAUGGAGAAGGAAGUGGCAGAGCCUUUGCAGGACCUGAAGGAAGGGAUGGACCAGCUGGAGAAGAAUAAGACACUGCGUUACAUCUUGUCCACACUACUGGCGAUAGGAAACUUCCUUAACGGAUCGAAUGCAAAGGGAUUUGAACUGAGUUACUUGGAGAAGGUUCCGGAGGUAAAGGAUACCGUACACAAGCAAUCUCUGCUGCACCACGCCUGCGCCAUAGUGGUGGAGAAGUUUCCAGACAGCUCAGACCUUUACUCAGAGAUAGGAGCCAUCACCCGCUCAGCUAAGGUGGACUUCGACCAGCUCCAAGACAAUCUUACCCAGAUGGAGCGCCGUUGCAAAGCAUCAUGGGACCACCUCAAGGUCAUUGCCAAGCACGAGAUGAAACCUGCACUGAAACAGAAGAUGUCCGACUUCCUAAAGGACUGUGCUGAGAGGAUCAUCAUCUUGAAGAUAGUCCAUCGUAGAAUAAUCAACAGGUUCCACGCCUUCCUGUUGUUCCUCGGCCACCCGUCAUAUGCAGUGCGGGAGGUCAGCAUCCACCGCUUCAGCAAGAUACUCAGUGAGUUCGCCCUGGAGUACCGGACCACGCGGGAACGCGUCCUGCAGCAGAAACAGAAACGGGCCAACCACAGGGAAAGGAACAAGACCCGAGGGAAGAUGAUCACGGACGAUGGAAAGUUCGGCGGCAGCGCGGCAGGACCCGCGAGCGCAGAGGGAGUGCAGCCGCGGGGCCUGCAGUACGAAGAGGACGCGGCGGAGCAUGAGAACAUGAAGGCGGUGCUGAAGGGCAGCUCGCAGGGCUGUUCUGAGAGCGGACCGUCCACUGUGCCUGGCCUACGCACGCGCACACGAGCCAGCAGAUCAGGCCGUGCGGGUCCGUGGGGUUCAUCGGUGAUUGAUGACCCGGUCAAUUGCACAGAGACGGACACCGCAGACGAGAUCAUGGAGCGCAUCGUCAGGUCAGCCACUCAGGGGCCCAGGACGCGGACGGAGCCCCGUGAGCGGAAGAGGUCCCGAGCCAACCGCAAGUCAUUGAGAAGGACACUGAAAAAUGGUCUGACGCCAGAGGAGGCUAACGCCUUGGGGUUAUCUAGUGGUUCAGAGAUGGCUGUGUAGGAUGAACUGAAUCCGGCAGCACAGACGGACACCUGGGAAACCCUCCCUCCACCCUGCCCUUCACUGACCCCUGAACUCUGCUCAACCAGCCAGCCAGUGCACUGCUGCACCAUUGCUUAGCUUGGUCUUUCCCCUGGUUCAGCUUUAUGAUGACUCUAGCUCA